AUGUCGCAACAGUUAAAGGCAGGCAGCAACAAUAACAACGGUACUACUAUGCUCGGUAGUAUUGCGAACAGUAUCGGAUCGAACAAUAGUAUUGCCUGCAGCAUGGGCAACAACAUCCCGAACAAUCUGACCACCUGUGCUAGUAUCCCGAACAGUAUGAUCGCCACCAUGUCCAGCCCGAACGGCGCCACCACCAACGGUCCCGCUAGCAAUGGCGGCAGCGGUAAUGGAGCGGGCAGCGGAGCGAAUGGCAGCAGCAAUGGACCACCGUCGACUCCGGCCACACCGACCAACAACUGCCAGUCGAUUCGUUAUUGCUGGGAAGCCGAUAAAGUUAAGACUCUGAUCCGUCUGCGUGCGGAGCUCUCGCCCCUGUUCACCGGAAAGCGCAACGCGUCAAAAUAUGCCUGGGCCGUGGUGGAACGAGAACUCAGCGUGCCUUUACCGAUUUCGAAAAUCAUUAAAAAAUGGAACAAUCUGCUGCAGGAGUACAAGGCGAUCAAGAUGUCGGAGGAACCGAAGAGGCGCGAGUGGCCCUUCUUCAACCUGAUGGACGUGUACUUCAGCGACCAGGUGAACGAUCCGACGCUGCGCCUGUUCUCGUCCACCAAGCGCUUCGACUCGGACACGCUGGACGACGCGCAGUUCGACGAUGAGAUCAUGAACUCGACGGCGGCCGCCGCCAUCGCAGCCGCCGCAGCCGCCUCGGCAGCCGCAGCCAACGCCGCUAGUCAACACAAGAUCAAGAACGAGCUGAUCGCCACGCACGGCCACAGCGGGGGCAGCAUGCUGGACAUCUCCGACAUCAUCGGCGACGAGCACGGCGAGUCGAAGUUCGACCAGUUCAAGCGGGAGAUCGUCCUCAGCCAGAUCCAGGAGAUCACGCGUGCCGGCAGCGGCGGGGGCGGAGGCGGCGGUGGCGGUGGAGGCCGCAAGGAGAAGAACAACAACAACCACCACAACAACAACAACAAUAACAACAAUAACAACAACAAUCACAGUAGCAACAACAACAAUAGCAACAACAGUGCCAACAGUGGCGGCAACAACGGCGGCAACAACACCGGCAGCAGCAAUGGCAGCAACGCCAGCAAUGGCACCGGUGGCCACAACGCGUCCCUCGAGAGCAAGCACAAGCUGAUGGAGUCGCUGAACCUGAGCCCGGGCGGCAGCCACCUGACGACGACGACGAGCGGUGUCAGCUCGCUCAGCACGACCAGCACCAGCAGCAACAGUUCCGGCCGGGACGAAGCCAGCAGCCUCAACAGCAGUCCGACGAGCCACAUGAGUGGCGGCGGGCCGGUGAACGGACCGUGCGGGCCGGAGAUGGGCCGCAAGAUGUCGAACGGGCCGGCGGCCGACUUCAGCGCCCUGCUGGCGGCGGCCAACAGCCACACGAACGGUACGCUGCAUAGUAACAGCAGCGCCCUAAGUAGCACGGACCGCGACACGGACUACGACGACUUUGCCGAGCGGGGAAGCCUCUACGACGGUGGCAACAGCCAUCUGAAGAGCUUGAACCAGAAGUUACUCCAUCAGAUGAACGAGCAUCACAAUAUCGAUCAGUACCUCCUAUCCUGGCGUGGGUUCCACGGCAACAUGUGCAAAGGGUUCCACAGCCUGCAGCGCGAUGGCCAGAUGGUGGACGUGACGAUCGCGGCCGGCGGCAAGAUCUUCAAGGCGCACAAGCUCGUCCUCUCGGUGUGCAGCCCGUACUUCCAGAAGAUCUUCCUCGAGCACCCGUCGCAGCAUCCGAUCCUGUUCAUGACCGACGUCAACAGCCACCACAUGGCCGGCCUGCUCGACUUCAUGUACAGCGGACAGGUCAACGUGAAGUACGAGGACUUGCCCAACUUCCUGAAGGUGGCGGAGGCGCUGCAAGUCAAGGGACUGCACGGCGAGAGUACGAACGAUUCGGAGGAACGUGAUUACCAGCAGCAACAACAUCAGCACGCGCUGAGGCUGCAAGAGCAGCAGCGAUUGUAUCACCAACAGCAGCAACAGCAGCAGCAACAACAGCAGCAGCAGCAACAGCAACUCCAUCAACAGCAGCAGCAACAGCAGCAGCAACAGCAGCAACAUCAGAAGCUUGCCCAGCAACGCCAGCAACUGUUGCAGGUGGCGCAGCAGCAGGCGCACGCCCAAGCCCAGCAGCAGCAUCAGCAGCAGCAACAGCAGCAGCAACAGCAGCAGCAGCAACAGCAGCAGCAGGCCGCCGCGGCAGCCGCCGCCCAGCAGCAAGCCGCCGCCGUUGCAGCCGCCGUCGCCCAUCAGCAGCAGCAGUUCCAGCACCACCGGAACAACUUCAAGGAGCUGAUGAAGGCGAAGCACGCCGCGGCCGCCGUCGUGCUCAACGAGGACUACCUAAACAACAACAACUCAGCCGCCGCCAACAACAACAAUGGAAACCUCAGCAGCAACGGAAACGCGAACGGGCCACUCUCGCCCUACGCCAGCAAGAAGAUGCUCGAUUCGCAAAAGUACCAGAAGUACUACUCGAAGCGCAAGCUCGUCCAGCAGUACGAGCAGGAGAUGCGGGCCGAAAAGCGCAAGCUGGGCAUCGAGGACGUGAUACAGGCGGCCGCCGCCGCUAACGCCCUCAACCUGCGGCUCAACAAUGGCGGCAGCCCGAUCGGAUCGCCGUCAGCAGCGGCGGCAGCGGCCGCAGCAGCAGCUGCCACAGCCGCCCUCAAUCCCCCCGGCACUCCCACCAAUGGCGGAACCAGCACCGACGACGAGCAGCAACAUCAUCAACAGCAUCAGCAACAGCAACAGCAACAACAGCCCGUGUUGCUGCAAAACAUCAAAUCCGAACCGCACUACGACGACGAGGACGAGGGCAUGGAGGUGGACCAGGACAAUAACAACACGCUCAGCGCUGCCAACGCCAACAACAACAACAACAACAACAACAACAACGAGGACGACUACUACGGCCAGCACGAUCAGGGCGUCAUCACGACGGGCAACGGUAAAACGAUCAAACAUUCCAUUCUCGAGCCAAAUAUAGUAUUAAAGCAGAGCGACGAAUGCCUCACGACCAGCAAUCAAACGGGUAGCCUGAACCUGUGCAAGAACGUCAGCUAA